UAAGAUGAGUAAGUUAUGCGCCUGCUCAGUCACAACCCAACACUAAGCUCGGACAUCUACACUGUGGGCAGCAUACGUGCUCUGUUUGCACUGGCAGGCUGUGGGCACACGUGUGCUCGCACGUCUCCUUUGUCCCUUGUUAAUAAAGUUAUUCUACAGGAGGGUUUCAAAACAUGGCGCCCUCGAAAUGAAAAAGGCGAAGUAAAGGAGAAUAGGGGGAGUGACGGAGGAGCAGGUGGGGAGGGAAGAAUUGGGGAGGAGGCGGAGUGGGUGCUGGCAGCUGGGUUUGGUACUAUGGGGAUCGCCGUGGAGGUGAGGAAGGUUUAUCCCUAUCCCUUCCAGCAUGUUGUCAACAGCUACCUCAACAAGUAUCCAACUCCCUUGGAGAAACAUGUUCUUGCCAUCAAGACAGUGGAAGAGAAAACCGAUCCAGCGUCAGGUGUUGUAUACAGGAAGCGAAUUGCAACAUGCAACAAUGUAAUUCCAUCCUUCUUACAAAGAUUCAGUAUUUUAAAGGUAUCAAACGUUUACCUGGAAGAGGAGUCAUGGCUGGAUAUGAAAACAAAGGUCAUGACUCUGAAAAGCCGCUGCCUGACAUGGGCACAGUAUGCAACAAUGAAGGAGGAAUCUGUAUACAAAGAGAGCAUAGAAAAUUCCAAUUGGACCGAGUUCACCCAAAGAGGGACAGUAACAAUCACUGGGGCUGGAUUUCUUAAUCGUGUCCUUGAAACCUUUGCACAAACAUUUCUUAAUCAAGGUGUAAAAAAGACAUACCUGAUUCCACAGAUUGAAAGGAAACCAAUGCACAAUGACAUUAUGAUCUUCAAUUAGAUCUCAUUAAGUAAAAGAUGACACAGUGAGAGACUAAAGUGCACAAAGUGAGAUUGGAGCUAAAGGUUCUAUACCAUGUUACAAUGACAUGCAAAUGUUCCUUCAUUUACACUACAGGAUGUCAAUCACUAAAGGCACUUACUCUAAAAAGUUGAGAAUUUUAAUGGACAGACGGCAUUAGUUCUAAAUCUAAUUUUAUACCGCAGUAAAAAACGACCUAGAUAUUUUAUAAUGCAGUUUGCCUGCUUUAUCAACAUGAGCUAAGAACAAAAUGCU